AUGAAGCGAAUCGAUAAACACUGGGCAGCAGGAAGCACCUUCAACAGUCAACAACCACAACAGGCAACACUCGCAGCAGGUAACACACACAAUAGGCAACACCCGCAGCAGGUAACACACACAGCAGGCAACACCCUCAACAGUCAACAACCACAACAGGCAACACCCGCAGCAGGUAACACACACAGCAGGCAACACCCUCAACAGCCAACACCCACAGCAGGCAACACCCUCAACAGCCAACACCCACAGCAGGCAACAUCCCUAACAGCCAAUACCCACAGCAGGCAACAUCUAACAGCCAACACCCACAGCAGGCAACAUCUCAACAGCCAACACCCACAGCAGGCAGCACCCUCAACAGCCAGCACCCACAGCAGGCAACAUCCUCAACAGCCAACACCCACAGCAGGCAACAUCCUAACAGCCAAUACCACAGCAGGCAACAUCACAACAGCCAACACCCACAGCAGGCAACACCUCAACAGCCAACACCCACAGCGAGCAACAUCUCAACAGCAACACCCAGCGAGCAACAUCCUCAACAGCAACACCCACAGCAGCACCCUCAACAGCCAACGCAAACCUUUUGCCCUCAACAGCCAGCACCCACGGCAGGCAGCAUCCCUCAGCAGCCAACACCCACGGCAGGCAGCACUCAACAGCCAACACCACAGCAGGCAACACCCUCAGCAGCCAACACCCACAGCAGGCAACACCACUCAACAGCCACCCACAGCAGGCAACACCCUCAACAGCCAACACCCUCAACACCCGGAGAUGUGCUGCUGA